GCACAACAUCAUCAACAAUCAUGGAGGACACCGACCCCAUCCUCACAUUCUUCUCAGAGGCAGAGGCAGCAAUCGACGACAUCCUCUACACUACCCUCGGCGUCAAGCGCGAGUCUCCAGCAGACGAGAUCCGCAAGGCGUACCGCAAAGCCGCACUCCUUUGCCACCCGGACAAACACUCGCACAAGAGUGAGGAGGAGCGCGCCGCCGCGUCAGUCAAGUUUCAGCGCGUCGGCUUCUCAUGGGCUGUACUAUCAGAUGACAAGCGUCGCAAGCGCUACGAUGCGACUGGCAAGACCGACGAGCUCCAGUUCGGCGACGCCGAGGAGGCCGGCUGGGACGCGUACUUUGACGACCUGUUCGAGCGUGUCGACCGCAAGAUGCUCGAUGACGACAAGGAGAAGUACCAGGGCUCCGAGGACGAGCUCGAGGACCUCCGCGACGCAUACAUCAAGGGCAAGGGCAACUUUGUGACGAUCAUGUCGCACAUCCCGCACUCUGCAUGGGCGGACGAGGCGCGUUUCGUCGUGGCCAUCGAGGCGGAGAUCAAGGCCGGCAACCUGGAACGCACGGCCAAGUGGACUGCGACGAGCACGGACGAGCGCGCGUCCGAGGCGCGGCGGAAGAGCGAGGAGAAGAGCGCCAAGGCGGCAGAAAAGCGCGCAAAGGAGCUGGGCGUGCACGACGAGUUUUACGGCUCGGGGAAGAAGGGCAAGCGUAAUGGCGAGAAGAAGAAGGAGCAGCCCGCCGAGACCGGCCUCGCGGCGCUCAUCCGUGCCCGCCAGGGCUCGCGCACGGUCGGCAUCCAGUCCCUCGAGGCCAAGUACCGCCAGAUCGAGGAGGACGCCAAGGCCCGCAGCAAGAAGCGCAAGGGCAAGGCGGUCGAGGACCCGCCCGACCUCGACGACGAGGCGUUCGCCGCCCUCCAGGCCAAGAUGUUUGGCGACAAGGCCAAGGGCGCCGCCGGCAAGGGGGACAAGAAGCGCAAGACGAAGUGA